GGCUAAAACUACUGAGAAGAGACCCAUAAUUUUCUUCCACCGAUUCAUAUUCCUUAACUUAUUAUGUUUUUAGUUAUCACAAUAAUAUUAUAAAAUUGUAGGACAGCAAUGAUUUAUAUAUAUAUAUUAGUGAAAUAAAUGUGAAUGUAACCGAUUCCGUAACUGCGAAAUAAAUGUGGAUGUAAAUAAAUAGAAGCUGUAACCAAUUGCGGAGCUGUUACUUCCAUUUUCUGAAUGUUUAUUUACAUUUUUAUUCCUUUUGCUCCUGGGGGAAAGAGGGAUGAUGUGAUGCCGUUGCUUUCUGGGUGUGCAUCAUAUAAAUUCUUGAGUUUUCCUUUUAUGUGGUUGUGAAUUUUCAAAUUUUGCUUUUAAAAAUGAUUUAAUAUCUUCGAUGCAGCUUGUUGAAUAUAUUUUUAUCAGAAAUUUUCUGCCUAUCAGCUGUCUUCUUGUAUUAUAUAGCUAUGAUUUCUAUUUGAACAAUUUAUUAUUUUUAUGACAUGGAAGUUGAUAUUGAUAUUUUUGUUGGAAACAACACUUUGCUAGAUCCGGAAAUAUAUGAGAUGUGGUUGUCAGGACAACAAGCAUCUGAUGUAGUUAGUAUGCUAAUAAAUGGGUCACUAAAAGAUUUUGAUAUUGAUUAUGGCAUGCUACUAAGUGAUGUGUUGGACCACUACAGAACUUUUCAAAUGCUUGAAAGACUUCUCCAUUAUCCAAAACGAUUAACAGAGCAAUGGAUUUUUCAGAUAGCUCCAAGCAUUCAACGUAUGUUGAUAGAGAGGUACUAUGAAUUUGAUAAUGCUGUCAUACGAGAAUUUCUUGGGAAAAAAUUGUCUGCCCGUAAUCGAAAAGAUCUGGAUGAUGUUAGUGAAAAAACUGGAAUUCAAGUAAAGAGUUGUAGGAGACAGUUUGAUAAUGUGAAGCGAGUGUAUAAAGUUGUUGAAGAUAGCAAUUGCGAAUUGGUUGACAGCAUUCGUGCCACCUUUCUUCUGUCUGAGAAUCUUGCUAGAAAGUAUGCUGCCAUUAUGUACUUAACAAGCAACCGUUUUGAAACUAGCAAGAGAAAACUACAAUAUCUAACUUUUGAUGAUUUUUUAUACUGUGCUAAUUGGAUGAUGUGCAAUUGGUGUUGCCCCAAACCAGAUUGCAGUUUUGAAGAAACGGCAAUGGAAAUGGAUCGUGAAUUCUUGCAGGAUUUAAGGGAUUUAAAGCAAUUGCUAGAGAAGGACUCCUAUGAUGAACUAAAAACUUACGUUUUGGGAAUAAUGAGAUCAAAAUUGCCAGAUAGAAUUUAUUCGGAUUUGGAUUCAAACUUUAAGUCUUUUACUAGAGCAUUUGUUAAUAUUGCAUAUGGAUUAAACCACAGUAAAGAAGCUAGAGAUCUCUUUUUGGAUAUUGUGGAAAAGUUUAUUGAGCCAUUUCGACAAAGUCGUUGGUCUGAUAAAGAUCUCAGAAAUUUUGUGGAAACUUACACAGCUGCUGCAUCUCAUAUUCAAUUAUUUAAGAGGUUGAAUUGCUAUUAUUCCUUUGGAGUUUAUAUUAAUUUUUUAAAGUAAAUAAUUGUGUGACCCUCAUUUAUUAGAAGUCUGGGAGAGAUACAUGUCUACUAUGUGCAGAUUUAUUUUGAAAAUGUUCCAUAACUGACAUAAGUUUUAAUAUUAUUGCAG